AAACUAAGUGAUAGCAGCAGCCCGUCGGUCGGACUGUCGGCUAUAAAACACAACAAAUCAUAAAGUGCAGGAGGCAGGGGAAGGCAGAGGAAGGAGGACGGGAGGGAGAACCGUUAGCCGUUAGCCGUUAGCCUCCUUCUACUCCUCCUUCUCCUUCUUCUUCUUCUUUAGCAGCGCGUGAACCUUGUUGUUGUGUUUGUCUCGUGCCCUCCUGUCCUCCCCUCUCCUCUCUUUUCUUCUUCUUCUUCUUCUUCUCAUCCUCCUCUUCACUUUCUUCCGAUGAGUUCCUAUUUUGUCAACUCCUCUUUCCCGGUCACUUUACCGGGAACGGGAGGCGGUGGGCAGGCGGCGGCGGAGUCGUUCCUGGGUCAGAUCCCGCUUUACUCCUCGGGAUACGCAGCCGACCACCCGCUCAGGCACUACCCGGCGGCUGCCGUGACCGCCGCCGCUGCUGUUGCGUACGGCGCGAGCGGCGGCGUGCACCAGGAGAAAGCGUACUCUGCGUCCUCCUACUACCAGCAGGCUGCGAACGGAGCGUACGGAGGGCACCGGGCGGCGGCGGGGGUCGGUGUCGGGGGCGCAGGAGGGGCAGGCACCUGCGACUAUGCCACGGCAGCGGCGGCGGCGGCAGCGGCAGCUGCGGCCACGAGUUUCUACCGGGACAAGGAGCACCCGUGCAGCCUGGAGGAGCACCAGCUCGCGCUGACGCAGGACGGCAUGCACCGGAAAGCGGAGUGCGCGGGUCUGAGCGGCAAGGGGCUGUUCGGUGAAACCAUGGACGACAAACAGGCGGCGUCUGCGCCCAUCUACCCGUGGAUGCAGCGGAUGAACGCGUGUAACGGUGAGUGUGUGUGAGUGUGUGUGUGUGUGUGUCUGCCUCUCUGCAUAUUUUAUGAUCCCGUCAUAAAACUGACGUUUGUUUCCUCUGCUGUCUUCCCUCUCUCCUCUCUCCUCUUCCUGCUCCUCCUCUCUCCCACGAGCUGCUGCUGCUUUAUGAUCCCGUUUGUUGGCCUGUCACUCAGUCAUGUGCUCGCUUCUUUAUUGUCCGUCAUAAACCGGGUUUGUUUGGGUUGUAGCUCCUGUUACUGUAGUGACCUGCUGACCGGAGCUGCUACCGAGCGGGGGGAGAAAGCUGAGAGGAAGAGGCUGUCAGGGAGUGUUGUGGGUGAAAACAGGGAGCAGACAGACAGACAGAGACAGAGAGGAAACUUAAAGCAUGCUCCUCCACAAACACUUCAUCAGCUUCACUUUUGGGUUCCUUAUUAUUGAAACUUAAACUUUUCUCCUCCAAUUUCGUCCUUGUCUCCUUUCCUAACCCCGCUCAGCUGAUAAAGGAAGAGUGCAAUAACAGCUCCAGCUCUGUUAUCUCCUCUGCACUGUUAACCUUCUAACCGCAGACACUGUUAGCCUGUUUAUUCAUAACCCAGCAGAUUAGAUAUUACACUCAUAAGCAGGCCUGUGCAGCUCGUGCUGAAGGAGAGACACGCGGGGUCAGCAGGUUGAUUUAUACUCCAGAAUAAUCUGAAUUUCUCUCUGUGUGUUUUAAUGAAACCACAGUGUUGAGGGACAGUUUGAACCCGGGUGUCUUUGUGCACUGACUGACUGAUGUUGGAGGAUGCAGAUCUGCUGCUGCUGCUGCUGCUGCAGGACACUCUGACAGAUGAGGUGGAAACAGGCUGAGCCGCAGAAAAGAAAGAAUCAAACCCUGAAAUGACAGGCUGAGGAUCUAAGUGGCAGCUGGAGAGAGAGCAGAGUGGCACUGAAAACCCCCGAGAGCUCCUCCAUAAUCCGGUUUAUCUGACUCCUUAUUUAUGGAUAUGUGGGCUUUCGAUAGGAGCCCGUUUGCUCUCUCUCUCUCUCCCUCUCUCUGUGUGUGACUCUCAUGGAUCGAUACAGAAACUGAAGCUGCUAAACUGACAACAGGGCGAUUUGUUUACCACCGGGGGCCAAAAACUGUUCAAGGGGCCCAUAAAAACAGAGCAGAGAGAUUUACAGAGGAGAGAAACCUGCCUAAAUAUUAUUAUUACUAUUACUAUUACUAUUAUUAUUAUUAUUAUUAUUAUUAUUAUUAUUAUUAUAUUUGUUGUUGUUGUUGUUGGAGGAGGACGAAAGUUGCCAUUCGCAAAAACAUAAAGUUUAAAUUCCCUGAAAUAAAUAACAGAUUAGUUUGACGUUAGAUCAGGAUUAUAAUUCCAGUUUUCAUUCCAGGUAAAAAUAAAGUUUCAGUUUAGCUCUAAGACAAACACUGAACUGGAUUUAACUUUAAAGUAAAUAUGCAAAUAUUUAAUAAGAAUGUACAUUUUGGGAAGACUGUCUACAAGUUAGAUUUGAAGUUUUUGGGAGGCUCGGUGCAUGGAGGGAAAAAUAAAUGUGGAUUUAAACUGAGGAGAAAAAAUAAAUAAGAAGUAAAAGAAAAAAGAAAAAAGAAAAGAAAUGAAAAAGUUAAAGUAAAAGUAAAGCCUGACUCUCCUGCUCCAGGUGUCUCCUCAUGUCCUCCUUCUCUCUCUUUCUCUCUCAGGGACCUUCGGUAGUCCCGGGAGGCGCGGACGGCAGACGUACACGCGCUAUCAGACCCUCGAGCUGGAGAAGGAGUUCCACUUCAACCGGUACCUCACGAGACGGCGGAGGAUCGAGAUCGCGCACGCGCUCUGCCUCACGGAGCGUCAGAUUAAAAUCUGGUUUCAGAACCGGAGGAUGAAGUGGAAGAAGGAGAACAAGCUGAUCAACUCCUCUUCCUCCUCCUCCUCAUCCUCCACGGUGAACGGAGCGGAGGAGGAGGAGAAACGGACGGAGUAAAAGAAGGGAAAUAAACUGAUGGAGGAGGAAGAGGAGGAUGGAAAAGAAAAAAGACUUAUCUCUCUCUUCUUCAAGACGGAAGUCUGGUGUAAAAAACUCUGGGAAAGAAAGAAAGAAAAACGGAAGUGUCCUACGUUUUUUGUUUUAUUUAAAUUUUUGUAUCCCGGGGCUGAGACCUGAGGAAGAACAGGAAGAAAACUCUCAUUUUUAUCCUCCUCAUAUCGAAAACUACCUAGGUGUGUUUAUCUAAAGGCUGAAGUUUCCUCUCUCCACUUGUCUUAAAAUUAAAGUUUUAAAGUUCUCGAAAUUUACAAAAGCAAAAACAAAGAGAGGAAAACUUUGAGGCGUCCAAAAAUGCCUUUAAAUAAAUAAAUAAAAACUUAUUUGAAAUAUUUUCUUGUUGCAUUCCGAAAGAAAAAACUACCUAACUUCAUUUUUGUUAAAGGACUUUCAGUCUGCAGGCACUUGUUUUCUUUUGACGCUGUUGGACUCUUCUUCUUCUUCUUCUUCUGAAAUAUUUUUAUUUUCUUAUUUUCUGAACCUGUUGUGUGUGUGCGUGUGCGUGUGUGUAUUAUACCUUUGAAUAGCCUAAACGUGGAAACACACACACACUCUCACACACACAAACUCUCUCUGAGAAGUGUAUGUAGGCCUGUGUCAUAUGUUGUUCAUAUUUAAACUGUAUAGGAAAAAAAACACCUUGUAUGGUGGAUAAUAAUGUACAUUUGGGUGGGUGGAGUGGGUGGGUUUGGGUGGGUGUUUGGGGGUAAUUUAAGCUGUCCAGCUGUUUUCCUUUUCCAGUAUAGGGAUAGAGGGUGUAGAUGGGGUGUUAACCUACUGAUGUUAUUCUUCAAACUACCUAAACAUGUUCAGGAAAGUGUCUAUUUUAUGGAUUUUUACAUUGUUUGUUUAUGUUCGUGUUUUGUCACGUAAUUACGUAAACUACCUGAAAAAAAACGUUCAAUAAAAUGUAAAAACGUGAACGCAGAGAGGCUGGUCCUGGAUUUAUUAUUCAUCAGGUUUUUAGUUGUUUUUUUUUAACCGGUUAAAACGUCUCCUGCGUAAAGUCAAAGCGCACGAGGUGAGGGGAAGUGACAAGGGGCGCGAGCUGCUGCUGAUGGCGGGCUGAACUAAUUGAUGGGGGGGGUAGAGAAAGUUGACCUGUCCUCGAGCUGGCCAGCCAAACACGUCACACACACACACACACAUAUACACACACACUUCACCCAGACAAAGUGGACAAUGUCCUCGUGACCCUUUGAACUCUGCGUGUCCUCUGAGUGACCGGCGCGCGGGUUCCAUAAGCUCUGACGCGAUCUCAUUGAUGUGUCCGCGUGAACUCAUGACGCAGUAUAAUCUUUAGAAUCUCAAGAUAAAAGGAAAAAAAAACUUUUCUCCUCUAUCGUCAGAUUCUAAAGAGAAUACUACGUCAUGUGUCCGCGUGAACACAUGACGUAAUUAUCUUUAGAAUCUCACAAUAAAGAAUUUUUUUUUCCAAAAUCAAACAAAUAUUUUUAUCAAUGCACCAAUCAAUACAAAUUAAACUGAAAUCAAUAAUCAAAAAAUUCAAGAAUAAUUUAAAAAAAAUCUGGCCACGUGGAAAACUGACGAUUAACUCAGUCAGACUGAUCUUAAAUUCACCUCAAUAAUAAUAAUAACCAAUUAACCUCAAACCUCAAGCUCGUGGACAUUUACACCAAAAUUACAUUUAUGUUUUAAUCUCAUAAAUAAUCCUCAUUAUCCUCAUAAACAUGAACUUUUACUCCUAUUUCUGUAGCUGCUCUAAAACUGUAAAACAUCAGCCAUCAUCACGGAUCUAAAGUCUACUAUUAAAAUUAUUAGAUAACUGCUUUUCAAGGCAUUUUCACUUGAGUAGAUAGAUACCAGUGUGGUCACAUGACUGCGUCUGCAAAGCUCAUAAUCUCAGAGAAGAGUUAGUAAAUAUGCAGACUCAUUCAUAAAUGUCAACAUCAGCGGGAAAGUAUUUCAGUUUGAUAAGACACUAAACUCAAACAUCAUGUCUGAAAUUAAAGCCUGAUGUUGAUCAGAUCUACUCUCUAUAUCUCUAUAAUAUCAUUGCAGUACAGUAAUACUAUUCAGAGUAUUAAUAACAUACAAUCAGUCCCAGCUGUUGAAGGUAUUAAUGCCAAAGUGUGUGCUCACUGGAAACACUCCUGGUACCUCUGCGUACUGGUUUUCCUGCAGCCCGGAGUGUGUGUCAUAGUGAGAGUAUUAAGUUUGUAAUCAGCUGGACGUCUCUCUGAGCGUCUUGGCUCCUCAGUAAAUAAUUAAAGUUAGUGGGAUACUUUCAUUUGAGAUGAUUGUAACUGGAGUUUGCAGAGAGAUCUCCUCACACACUCUGACUGAAGGCCAGAUUCUCUCGGCUGAAUUGGACUCUCGCUUGUUCUGUCAUUUUUGUGUAUUUACAUAUUUUGCUCUCUGACCAGCAGUCGAACAGUGUGUUGAACUACACGGUAGCAGCUGUUUUAUGUUUAACACACAGAGAGGAGUUUUCACUCUGACCCAAAGGGCUCAUUCCCACAUAUCCUGCUCACACGCUGGCAGAUUUUGGUUCUAUUGUGUUGUGAAUUUAGUCAAAGCUGGAUUACGUCACUGAAACUUUUCUUCCUGUAGCUCUGAAGUUUCCUCGAGUUUAUGCAAACUGCUGCUUCUCUCUGAGAUGAUUCAGAAACGUGGCAUUGAGUUAAAUAUCAAACUCUCCAAACCGUCAGGCUUUGAAACAGCGAGUUAACAUCUGCUCCAAACUGAGGCACCCUGCAGAUCACUGCGGAGAGUGUUAACAGUCGUGUUUCUCUACAUGUAAGAAUAUAUCUGCAGAUUGUUGGGAUGAUUUAGAUCCAGAUCUUAUGACUCUAACUGAAGCACCAACUGGGAUUCUUGUGCAAACUAAAGCUUAUCAUGAUGGAGAGUUAAGCAGAAACAGGAUUUAGUUCUUUCAGUCUUUUCAGUUUUUCAUAUAUUUAUGGUGCAGGAAGUCAAAUUUAAUGCAUGGCCUUUGUUUCCACUCAUGUAGAACCGUGGUUUGAGCUCGGACUACAGCCUGUUUGACAUGGUACGAAUUUUCAGUCUGAUGGUGAAAAUCUAAAUAUAACGAGGGAGUGUAUUCAGAGCUCUGUGCCAACUGGGUCGCUGCCUCCUCCUCCUCCUCUGCAGACCAUUCCUGGCACACUUUGGCCUCCUCCAACAUUCAGCCUGAUUUAGUGCUGGUGUCCAAACUGUGUGCUGUAAGAUAAUAAACCUGAUAUCUGUGUGUUUCAGUUGUUUUAACCCGCCUGCAUGAAACUCAUCUUAUUCAGGACUGUUUCCAUUCCAACUGCUGGUUUGUGUUGUCGACUCAGUAUGAGAGCAGCUGAGUGUCUGAAAUGUGGCCUGACACUCAAACACACACACACGUACACACACACAUGUACCAUACACACACUUACAUACAGACACAUUCCCCACAGAGUGCAUUCAUUUGUAUCAUUUCACACACACAAAUCUGGAACUCUUCAUCU